AUGGUACAACGGGCCACUCAUUGUGGCUUGGGGGGCGGAAGAGGCGUACCACCCCUCGGGUCGUGCGGGGUCGAUCGGACAGAAGGGCCACUCGUGUUGUCCGUGGUUCUUCAAGAAACGUUGGUUGGACUUGGAGGCCACUCACGUGCAGAUCGACAUUCGGGGCGUUUGGAGCUCGGACGUUCAGGCCCGUGCGAACACCCCGCCAGGACUGCUUCGGAGCCUGAGUGUUGUUGCUAUCGUUUUUGGUAG